UUUUUUCUUUUCUCUUUCCUUUUUUUACUUAAUUGUAUUAAUUCAUUCAACUCUUUUUUUACAACAUACACAUGAUGGACACCACAGCGAAGAACAAAAUACUUGUCUUGGGUAGAGAGGCAGUGGAACUGCCUAAGCUCGUAGACUCAAUCACCAACGACACCGAAACCAACGCACGCGCAGAAACCAAUUCAAAGAUACAGUGGCUUAUUGACACCCGUUACUUCAACGCAACCGUUGAGUUUUGGAUAGACAACACAGAACAACUCCCUCAGACACACGUUGAAUUUAUGCGCGAAUGGCUCAAAAGUCCGACCAAAUUCGACAACGACAACGACAGCGAGGAAGAGGAGGAAGAGGUUGCUCAUAGCGCGAAAGAAAUACCAAUUGACGAGGCCAUGGCUACGUUGCAGGAGCAUCUGGGUGAUGUGGUUGAUGCGAUUGUUUUCGUGUUCGAUCCGUUGGUUCCAGAGUCGUUUGCGGAUAUCCUGCCGUGGGCGAGAAUGGGCAGGGUGCAUCAGCCCGAAGUUCUUUUGUGCGUGGCCCAGAACACCCACGCCAAUAAUAGUGACAAUUCUAAUGCAGACAACAAGGCAGAGUCGUGUGGUGAUAUGGAUCGGUGGUUCGAGUGGUGUGUCAGUAAUGGGUGGGAGUGGGUGGACCUGACAGAUUCGGAUCCCGACACAGAGUAUACGGUUGGACGCAUACGCGAGUCCCUGAUGAGCAAUCAAUGGGAUACCAUGGUCGUCAAGAAAAAACAAGCAGAGAAGGAAGAAAAUGCGCCUGCGCAAUUGGACACGCUCGCUGAAAACGAUGUCGCUGAUAGUGAUGAUUUCAGGCCGAGCGGCAUGAAUGGGCAGGAAGUGUGGGAUUCAUUCGACAGUAUUACGCAACAACUCGAUGCUGCACGGAUAGACACGCUGCAUCAGUCAUUAUUCACGGAGAUACCCUUGCAGGGUCAACAGACGAAUCGGCCGGAUGGACCGACGGGAUUGGAUGGUAAUGGCACUGAUGAUGGGCAAGAUGAUGUCUCUGAGCUGAUUGCGCGAAUCCGCUCGAUGCGCAGCGAGAUAUCGCAGAUGCCGGACAAGGAGCAGGCGCGCGCAAGGGCCGCCGAGCUGGCAAUGGCGCUGGCCCGCAAGCUGUAAAUACUAAAUGAAUUUCAGAUUUUAUUGAUAUUAUUGAUAUUUAGCAGGACCAAUAUUGAUG